AUGGGUUACACUCGUUCUUCAUCCACGUCAUCCUCAAAGAUAUCCAGGGUUGAUUCUGGUAACACUGUCACCCAAUAUGACCACCUGGUUAAAUGUGGCUCUAUUAGAGAAGAUGCUCUUCAGAGGAGUGUUCUCCAGCAGUUGGCUCGCCUACAGAAGACACUCCAAAACUAUAGUAAUACUUCUUACUUGAGUCUGCCUUCCCUGACAGUGAACCCGAACUAUGAUGGACUUUCAAAAAGGACAGACUCUUGCAUUACAGUUAGUGCAUCUGCUCAGAAGGAAGAAGAUGCUCUCCCUCCCCCACCGAAAGGCUUCUAUAUAUAUGGAGAUGUUGGCACAGGGAAAACCAUGCUCAUGGAUAUGUUUUACAGCGGGGUGCAAAACAGCCAUAAAAAGAGGGUCCACUUCAACGGCUUCAUGCUGGACAUCCACAAAAGGAUCCAUCGGAGGAAACAAAGCCUGCCAAAAAGAAAGCUGGGUAACAUGUUCACCUACGACCCCAUAUCGCCGGUUGCCGUGGAGAUCGCCCGUGAAACCUGCCUCUUGUGUUUUGAUGAGUUUCAGGUGACGGACAUUGCUGAUGCCGUGAUUCUGAAGCAGCUUUUCCGGACGUUAUUCAAGGCCGGAGUGGUGGUAGUGGCGACCUCCAACAGACCGCCUGAUGAUCUGUACAAAAACGGACUUCAGAGGGACACCUUUCUACCUUUCAUCGACGUGCUGAAGGAAUACUGCCACACCAUCUGCCUUGACUCUGGUGUGGACUACAGGAGACUGCAAAAGACUGGAGCAGGGAAACUCUACUUCCUGACAGGAGAGCCUGGCGGGGACGCUGUCUUGGAUGCGAUGUUUGAUGAGCUCGCUUUUACUCAAAACAGCAUUGUAGGUCCUCAAGUACUCACUGUGCUGGGCAGGGAAGUGACACUGGAAAAGACCUGCGGCUCUGUUGCAGACUGCACUUUUCACGAGCUGUGUGGCAGAGCCCUUGGCGCCGGCGACUACCUGGAGAUGGCGCGGCUCUUCGACACAGUGUUUAUCCGUCACGUUCCAGUGCUGACACGACGCAUGAAGGACCAAGUCAGGCGCUUCACCACCCUUGUCGAUAACUUCUACGACAGCAAGGUAAGAGUAGUGCUACAGGCUGCAGCUCCAUUAGACCAGCUGUUUGUCCACACCGGAGUAGAUGAUGAGCGUGACCAACAGCUUCUGGAUGACUUGGGCCUGAAGGAGGAGGUGGGGAAGAAUCUGACUCUUUUCACAGCUGAGGAGGAGAUCUUUGCCUUCAACAGGACUAUUUCCAGGCUAACGGAGAUGCAGACAGAAGCAUAUUGGAUAGAGGGAGAUCGCAGGAUUACGAAGAAACACUUCAAUGCAUAA